GAAUAGAUUCGAUCGUAGCGCCAAAACGUAUAACAUCUCGUGACCCAGUGCAGUGAUCUCGCAAACCUCUUGGUACACGUUUGUUUCGUAAUGUAUGUGAUCAAUGAGUGUGUAUUCUUUAUUUGGAUGGUAACCACGCGUAGAGUUGAAGUCAGAUACAGUGGCCUGAACAAAAACACGUGCAACGAAUAAUUACGUCUUACGGAGUGCGACGUUUGAGAUUCAUCGCGUUGUUGUGUGAAAUUCCUCGAAACCCAAGUCUUCUGCGCAUGCGACGGAAAUCGAGUAACAGCGCAGACGCCAUGGUAUCAAUAAAAUAGGUUUAAUAAUAUUACAAAAAAUAUGGCAGAACUAUGACCUCUAACGAAAGCAAGAGAAGGUGUACCUUUUGAAUGUGUAAUCAACUUUUAAUAUAUUAUCAACCGAAUGAUUCUAAAAAUACUAAGCCCUAAGACAUCGCUGACUCGUCGAAAUGGUACCUGGGCAAGAAUUUUCUCCAAGAAACAGAAACCAUUGGCGUCAGAGGUCUUAACGAGCUAUCUGCUGCAAACGAACGAGCCACCAUGGACGUCGUACUUCGUGAAGUAUGCUGACAUCGUCAACGACCAAAGGGGUAUGUCCCACUUCAAUUGGCCAGCGGGCAGCAGCAAUUACCACGUACUUAGAACUGGUUGUUUUCCAUACAUUAAAUAUCAUUGCACGAAGAGGGCGCGACAGGACCUCAGUAGCGAGGACAAAUUUUUCAAGGCGAUCAAGCUCCUGAACCUUGGUAUACCCACACUGCUCUACGGACUAGCUGCAACUUGGUUAAUCAAACACCAGGAGACGGUGAAUACUGCCCAAGGAAACGUGACGAUCUACUUUUUGCUACCCGAGGACAAGGGUUCAAUAUACUGAUGUAGUUACUCGAAUUGGCUUGAAUACUACAAUACAUCCUAACGUGAUACUAUUUCUCAUGUAUAAUAAAGUUAAAUUUAAAAGAUCAUGUAGUAAUUGAUUACGUUUCUUCGCGAAAAAAUAUUUCAUAUGGUAUACAUUUCUUUUGCCAUUUCACUUGGUUUUUUUCAUUUAUUUGUAGAAAAUCAUACAAAACAUCUAGUAAAUACGAAAUAUAAGAAUAUUUUUUAUUACCCUGUACUCACGGGUAAUUUAAAACGAUAAUGAACGCAUUCUGCAGUUUUUAUAUUUGCGCAUUACAAGUAUACGAGUUUUAAGGUAUGUAUAUAAAAACCAGCAGCACCACGAUAAAUCAUGAAAUUACAUAAUGCCAUUAAAAACGUUUACGCUUGCUACUUUGUGGCGAGGACAGCUUU